CAUCGCAUCGCAUCGCAUCGCAUCGCAUCGCAUCGCAUCGCAUCGCUGCCGGCUCCAGCAAACAAUCCAGCGCAUCGUGCAUGGCGUCCUAUUACUCGCCAGACUACAUCGAGAGCCGGUACUUUGGUCUGCGCCAGCGAGACAAGCUCGGCGGCGGCGGCGCAGACUGGAGCCGUGCGGAUCCGACCCUCGAAACAGGGGAUGUCGACGAGAAGCUCGGCAAGUCUGCUGUCGGCACCGACCGCUGGUCCAAACUGGUGGCCGAGUCGCUACCGUCGGUGCUGAUGUCUCUUGGUGGCCUGAUGAUGACCGGCGCCCUUCUGAAUGCAGUUCAGACCUGGGAUGCCUUCACGAAUGUCUCCGAGCUUUUUGUUCUACUACCGACGCUGCUGGGCCUGAAAGGAAACCUCGAAAUGAAUCUGGCGUCUCGCCUCGGAACGGCAUCAAGUCUGGGCCAUCUGGACCUUCCUGCAUCUCGCACCAGCCUCGUCGUUGGCAACAUUGCUCUUGUCCAGAUCCAAGCAGCCUGCGUUGCCGGAAUCGCCAGCAUAUGGAGCAUCCUGCUCAGCUUCAUCUCCAACGACUAUCACUUCAACAGCGCAGCCAACUCGGCCCUGAUAUGUGCCUCGGCCAUCCUGACGGCCACAAGCGCCAGUCUGUCUCUGGGCCUCGGAACCUGCGCGGUAGUCAUCGUCUGCAAGCUAGUGAAUCUAGACCCAGAUAACAUUGCGACACCGGUUGCCUCAAGUCUGGGCGAUCUCAUCACACUCAUGACCUUUGGCGGGCUCAGCACUCUGCUUUACCGAUACCACGAAUCGCCGCUCUCCAUUGUUUUGAUAGUGGCAGUCCUCAGCAUGCUGCCGGUGUGGACAUGGAUUACUCUUCACAACGAGCACGUUCGCGAGGUGCUCAAGACUGGCUGGAGCCCGCUCGUGGCGUCCAUGCUGAUAUCGACCUUUGCGGGCAUGGUUCUGGAGCAGUACCUCGAUUCCUAUAUCGGCCUCGCUAUCUUGGUUCCGGUCAUGAACGGCAUCUGUGGAACUUUUUCGUGCAUUUACGCCUCACGACUCUCGACGAGUUUGCACAAGAGCGGAUCGAUGAAGUUGGACCACGCGCCGUUUACUCUGUUCACGGUCAACAUCUUUGUGCAAGCCAUGUUCCUCGGAAUCGUGUGGGCCACCAACCUGGGCAAUACCAACAUCAGCUUGCUCUUUGCAGUCAUGUACAUGACCGUAUCGGUGACAGUGGGCAUGGCUCUUCUCAUCGUGACGCGGGGCCUGAUCUCGGUGCUGUGGUCCAUGCAACUCGACCCAGACAACUAUGCUUUCUCGCUGAUCACCGCGCUCGGGGACGUGCUGGGGACGAUAUUCCUCGUCUUGGGCUUUCAGAUCAUGGUGUGGUCUGGCGAGGUGCAUCGGCUGGCCAAAAAAGAGUGAGAAUAUUGUCCGUGACGGGAGUCGCCGUCAAAGUCUGAACACGAACCAGGUGCUUGCCCAGCAGCAUGCCGUGCAGCUCCAGACCCGAAUCGGUCCAAGCAGCAUGUCCAGGAAGCGCCUGGCACCAUGAGGCCGCUUAUAGCGUUUCCAAAAUGAAAUGGGACACCCCGUUUUGAGCCAUGACAGUGGUUUUUCUGGAACCUGAAUACACCCACCCACUCAUCGCA